UUUGCGCAUGCUUACUUACAUAGUAUGUGGAGUCCAGACUUACAUCUGUCCCCUCAUAACAAAAUGAAUAAGAUAAGAUGAGUGUGUGUUGUAUUUUACAUAGCUUUAGUGUAUACUUAAAAAUGUACGGCCGCUCUGGUGUCUGAGUUAUUGUGUCAGCUCGUGUUACUCGUUCUCUACUUAAACCCGCUCAGAUAGAUCCGCUGUAUCUGUGAGUUCACUGCCAUGAACCGAGCACUGUUUACGUCUUUACGCCUCAGAGACGCGCAUCUCAGAAAGCUGUUUUGUGUCCGACAGUAUGUGCAGCACUGUAAAUCAGAACAGGAUAUAAUGCAUUUUAUCUCAGAAAACACAGAGAUAGUCAGAGGUCGAAGUUUAACACCAGAAAUCUCCUUAAGACUCUUUACAGCAAAGUGCCGUUUUUGGACUGAAAGACCAGAACUGUGGCCGUUUCCUGAACCCUUUUGGGCUAUAUAUUGGCCUGGGGGACAAGCACUCGCCAGGUAUCUUCUAAACUUCCCAGAAGUAUCAGCAGGUAAAAGAGUGCUGGAUCUUGGAUGUGGCUGUGGAGCUUCAGCUAUUGCUGCCAAACUCAGCGGUGCUUCUCAUGUGGUGGCCAAUGACAUCGAUCCAGUUGCUGCGAUUGCCACUCAGAUGAACUGUGAACUGAAUGGUUUGGAGCCACUGCCUUGUGUGACUGAGAACAUGAUCGGUUCUGAACCAGAGAACUGGGACCUCAUCCUGUUGGGAGACAUGUUCUAUGAUGAGACUCUUGCAGACUGCUUACAUAAUUGGCUGCACAUGUGCAUUAAGAUUCACAGAACGCAGAUCCUUAUUGGAGAUCCAGGACGAGCUCAGUUUGAGAGCCACAGCAUCAAAAAACUGUUGUAUGAACAGGCUCAGUUUGAAUUGCCUGACUCAGUUAAAGAGGAGAAUUAUGGACUGACUAGUAGCACAGUGUGGUGUUACAGACCUGACUGAAAGAUCACAGAAACACUAUUUCUGAACACAUUCAUCUCUCUGCCUUUUACACUUUGUACAAUACCUGAAAGAAAUGGUUCAGCAAAAAAUCUAAUUUACACAAUUCUCCACUUACCACAUGUAGUUGAUUGACCAAGACAUGUUUAGAGUCCACAGUUUGAUUCUUCAGUUUAGAACUGAUGCAGUAAGGCUAAAAGUGCUACAACUCAGUAGUCACCAAAAUAGUGUCACCAUCAUCAAACUUCUUUCAUCCUGUUCAAACCGCAUCAACAUCUCCAUUAAAGUUGCACAGAUUUGUCUAUGUGGUUUAGGAUACACUAUGACUUACUGUGACCUAUAACAAUGAACAAAACUGCAGGCAGCACCUUUAGACAACAGAGUCUAAUUUACACAAUUUUUCUAAAGACCAUUUACAGCGAAGUGCUGUGAAGAGUGUUCACAAACCACCUCAGGAUCGAGAAUCAUAUCAAUAAAGAGAGUAUUUGUGAUAAUAGUCAUCAUAAAUACAGAGGAAUUUGAUUAAAGAUCUGUCCUGCUGUGUGAAUACCAGCCCUGGCUCUGAAAUGGCUGCCGGCAGCAGUGAAGUUCUGUUCAUUUUUAUAGUUAACAAUAAUGUGAGUCCUAAACACUGGCAGAUCUGUGGGAGCUUAAUGAAGACCUGGAUGUGGUCUAAGCCUGAUGAGAGAAGCUUAUGGGAUGCAUUUUUACAGAAAUAAUUUGGGCAAUUUGGGUGACUAUUGAGUUCUAGUGUUUGUUAGCAACAGUGGCCUCAUGGCUCCAAUUCUAAAGAAGCAAAAUUUGGACUCCAAACAUUUCUUGGCUGAUCGACUACAUCUGGGGUAAAUGUAAAAUUAGGUAAAUAUAAUUUUUUUGCUGAACAAAUCCUUGUUAACCAGAACUUUUUUUAACUUGUUAGUUAAAAUCUGUGGUCAUAUUAAUGGUCAUAUAAAAGACAAAAUUGUUUUUUCUUUCUCAUAACAUCAAAAGGUGCAGACUUUUUCCCACCUCUAGAACAUCCUCUGCUGUUGGUUGUCAUCAUGCAGCAGGGGCAGGCAAAAAAAUUUUAGCCAAUAAUAUCAGGUUUCACAUGACACCCUCACCGCCACCUUGAGAGAGACGCUCAGCCAGCUCAGAGACCCAAUACUGUGUUUCACUGAGAAAUUUGUCACGCAAUGGAAGUAAGAGGCAUUAUGAUUUCUGAUUCAUGCUGAAAACUCAAACAGUACUUUGAAUUUAAAAUUAUGUAAAUUAAAAAUUACUUAAAUUAAUAAAGUAAAGUAAUUAAUAAAG